AUGGGGGGCGCGGCGUCCAGCCGGCAAGCUCGUUACAAGGCCGACAGCGCGGCGGCCAAAUCAGACGUUGGUUCCCAGGCGGGCGAUGUCCAAGUCAAGCACACCAAAGAGGUGCGGCCGAUGGCGGUCCCCCAGCCUCACCCUGUGGCUCACAAGCAGGCGGACACCCAUCGCAUCCUCUCUGCGCACACGACCUCCAAGGUGCUGUCGGAGAGCCUCCGAACACACGCCCAGGAGGCGCAGGACGAGCACGUGCGCGCGAAGCUGAUGCAGGCUCUGCGGCUACGCAAGAAGUACCUCGAUCGCCGCGAGGCGGCUCCGGAGGCUUUAGAGCCGCCGGAGAGCCUGGGGAAGGUUAUGGUCAUGGUGGACGGGCUGGCAGAGGUCCACGGCCUCGACUUGCCGCCGCUGCCGACCCGACAUGAAUUCAAACAGGACCUUAUCAGCCUCUGGAAGAUUGUCAAGGAUCCCGAGUGCAAGAGCGCUGCAAUGAGCAGGCUGGAGAGGCUCAGCAAUGCUUUCCAGACCUAUCAGAUGGACCACUCCGAGGCUGAGCGAGGUGAGGCCGCGACCAUCGCCGGCGACCUCUACUCGGUCAUGAAGGUGGACAAUCACAUACACCUUGCGGCAGCCAUGACGCCGAGAAUGCUACUGAGGUUCAUCAAGGACAAGCUCCGAGACGAGCCCACCAGGGAGGUUGUGAAAGGCAAGACGCUGAGAAAACUACUCAGUGAGGCGAUCGGCGUGGAGGAGGAGCUGCUAGGGCUCAGCGAGGGCACCGGAAGCGCCUCCCCUUCAGAGAACCUCAAGGUGGAGCAUUUGGACACUUAUCUGCACGUGGACGCCCUGAGGACCGUGGCAGAUGAUCACUUCUACCACAGGUUCGACAACUUCAACGAUGCCUAUAGCCCUUUGGGAUGCGCCCACCUCCGGACAGUGUUUCUUAAGAGCUCCAACCACAUCGACGGCGCCUACUUCGGGGAGUUGGCGAAGGUCAUCAUUGAGAGCUAUGAGACCAACGACACUUAUGCCGAGAUGCGGCUGUCGAUCUACGGCCGGAGCCUAAAGGAGUGGGAUGGCCUGGCAAGCUGGCUGAAGCGCCACUCCCUGCACAGGCCACCGGCCUCGGACAGGAACUUGUGGAUGGUCCAGAUUCCACGUGUCUUUGGUGCCUUUUGCAAGCAGGGCUUCGUGCAAAACUUCGAGGAGCUCCUCAACAACAUCUUUCAGCCGCUCUUCGAGGUGGCCUUGGACCCGGCGACCCAUCCGGACCUGGCGGAGGUAUUGCCAGUCAUCACUGGAGUGGACAGCGUCGAUGACGAGAGCGUUCCGGAUCAGCUAACGGUGCGACGUUCCCAGCUCUACGGAGAGGUCAUGGGCCCCGUGGAUGGCUCGGACGUCCUUCGGCCAGAGCUCUGGGCGAUCGGCGAGAACCCGCCGUACUCGUACUACUCCUAUUACAUCUUCGCGAACAUCUGCCGGUGGAAUCACCUGUGCAAGCUGCUGGGUCGGCCAUGGCACUUUACCUACCGGCCACAUGCGGGGGAGGCUGGAGAGGUCCACCACCUGGCGACCACUUUCCUCCUGGCCGAUGGCAUCAACCAUGGCAUCAACCUGCAACAUUCGCCGGUGCUGCAGUAUCUGUACUACGUCGCACAGAUCGGCAUCAGCGUCGCGCCGCUCUCUAACAACGCGCUCUUCCUCAAGAUGUCAAAAAGCCCAUUCCCCGACUUCUUCCAGCGGGGCCUCAACGUCACCCUAUCCACGGAUGACCCUUUGAUGUUCCACGCGACGAAGGAGCCGCUGCUGGAGGAGUACACGACGGCGCGAUGCAUUUUCGGCUUGAAGAUGACGGACAUGUGCGAGAUCGCAGCGAACAGCGUGAGGCAGUCAUCCUUCUCCACUCCAGGUGCACAUCGAGGGCGGGUGCUAGGACUGUCAAGGCAGUGGAGCAUGGAGCCCACUCUGUCAAACAUCCCCCAGCGCCGGCUGAACUUUCGGCGUGGGUGCCUGGCCGACGAACUUCGGUACCUCUCUUUGGGCCAGCCAUCAGCCAAAGAGCUCCCGGAAGUGCCGGCCGUGGAUUGGACGGAAGUCGAUCUUGGAGAUGCUCCGGCAGUGGCUGCCAGAGUGAGCAUACCUUAG